AUGGUGUUAAUAACGGAGGAACAAAGUGGAGGUUCAAAGGUUCAAGAGAAUGGAGUGGCGAGAGGAGUUGGAGUCAGCGAAAUUGAGUUUAGAACCAGCACAGUGGCUAUGGAUGCACCUGUCAUCACCGCGGUUGACGAAGACGGGCAGGAGUGUGAGGUGUCAGACGAGGAGAAUAGUGAAGAAAGCGAGGUUGAUUACACGAGGAACUAUUGGGAGGAUGAGGACGAUAUCUACCAGGAGUUUGAGGAGUUGGACUUCGAGUCCCUGCCGGAUCGUUCGGACACGCGGAGCAUCGCCUCAGACGAUUCCUUCUAUCCUCCAGACAGUUCAGUUGCCUCUUUUGCCAUGUACCGUUCGCCGAGCCCCGACAGCCCCGAGCCCAUCUCCUUCUUCAAGGCCUGCAGCAACAACAACGCCAUCAUUGUCAAGAUUAUGAUCAGGCAAGGAGUGACCGAGGAGGAAGUGAAGGAGACGGACAGGAACAGAAGAUCUGGCCUCAUCAUGGCGUGUUACCAUGGCUACAUCGACGUGGUCAUCGCCCUCUCUCAGUGUCCGUACCUGGAUGUUAACUGGCAGGACAACGAGGGAAACACCGCUCUCAUUACUGCAGCACAAGCAGGUCAUCUGUUCAUCUCCAACUAUCUGCUGAACUACUUCCCUGGUCUGGACAUUGAGAGGAGGAACUGUCACGGUUUCACGGCGCUGAUGAAGGCUGCCAUGCAGGGCCGGGCUGAGUGUGUCAGAGCGCUAAUGCUGGCAGGAGGUGAUAUCCAGGCACGGGACUACAGCCGCAGAAUGACACCCAGGGAGUGGGCUCUCUUCACUGGUCGAUACGAAACAGCCGCCCUGAUGUAUCGGCUGAUGGCCAAACCCUGUGCUGAGCAGUUCUGUGACUCCUUCUCCUUGGAGUGGCCCAUGCUGGAGGAGAUGGUGACCCAGGCCCGAGAGCCGAAGUCCUGCUGGAGACGUUUGGUCAACUUCAUCUCCUGCUGCCCUUAUAGGUUUUACAUCAACAACAAGGUGAACCCUGUGGACGAUGGCGUUCUUGACCACAUGGUCCGGAUCACCACCGGUGUCUCCAGUCCGUUCAUCGCCACCGGUUGCCGCACCGUCUGCCCGGGCAGCCCGCCGUGUGUUGGGAAGCGUCGUCACGCCGUGCAGGAGAUCCUGAGGAGGCAACGGGUGGCCGACCUGAAGCGCUUGGGCCCAGACAGACUGAACAACUACAAGAGAUUUUUCCAGAACUCGCGGGUCCUCCUCAUCCCAAAGACAAGGGAUCGGCGAGCCAGCCUGCAGCCUCAGCUGCUCAGCGAGGUGGCGGCGGCGUCCACGGUGGCCAUAAGACGAGCCAGUCUCCUGCCGCUUAACAUGCUGAGGAGAAGCAGCGUGCGGCCGGGCCUCGUGGUGCCCAAAGUGAGGCUCUGCAAGGCCCCGUCUCCAAAUUUCAUACCUGAAAAACUCAAAAGGAGCAGCAACCACAACAGCCUCCAGGUCCCCAAGUGGGAUUACAAGAUGAAGAGAAUAGAGAAGAGGCAGGAGGAGGACAGGCAGAGACUGCUGCCUCUGAAAAAGAGGAGGUGA